AUGUUUGUCUGCACUGCAGGCGUCAGUCGCUCCUUCCUCUCCCUCCUCGCCUCCUCGGGUGCUCGCUUCUCCUCCCUGCGCCUGCACUCCGUCCGAACAGCCGCCGACGGUACGAAGAAGGUGCUCUUUGAGCUGAGCCGCGAUGCGGACUUGACUCCUUCUGUCCGCCCUCAUACUCUCUCACACCCCCAUUCCCCACGUCCACACAUAUACCCCUUCGCUCUCAGUCGCGAUGCCGACUUGUCUCCUUCUGACUGCUCGAAUACUUUCACACGCCCCCACUCCCCCACGUACGCACACACACCCCUCCCCUCCUCACCCCUUGCUUGUCAGGUGUUGUUUGAGCUGAGCCGCGAUGCUGACUUGUCUCCUUCUGACCGCCCCCGGCGACUAGGCGUGGUGGAAACAGUCUUGAUUCCCCACCGACCAGGGAGGGGCGGGGAAGGUGGGGAGGAGGAGGAGGAGGACGAGGAGGAGGGGAGUGGUAGUGAGGAUGAGAAAGAGGGGGAUGGAUUUCAGCACACUCCCUCCUUUCGUCCCUCCUUUUUUCACAGGAUGGGUUUGCAGCGCAAUCUGACAGCAGGGGAGAUCGUGGAUCAGGUGAUUCAGAUUCGCCGGCUCUUCACAGAGGAAGUGGGCCCUGUCACCAACCUUGUCUUCAUGGGUAUGGGCGAGCCCUUGCACAACCUCCCGGCGGUUCUCACAGCAUGCAACACCCUCCUGGACCCUUUAGGCGCCCACUGCUCGCCUGCUCGCACCACCGUGUCCACCUGUGGGCUUGUCCCUGAGAUGCACGAGUUUUCCUCUCACUCCCAAGCUAGCCUCGCUCUCAGCCUGCACGCCACCACCGACGAGGUGCGCAGCAGCAUCAUGCCAAUCAACAAGAAGCACAACCUCACCAGCCUCUUCGCCUGCUUGAGACAGCACUUCCCAGACGCAACAACCCAGUCAGCACUUGAUGCGGGGGAGGGAGGUGCGGGGUUGCGGCAACAGUCUAAGAAGCGGCAUGUGUUCAUCGAGUAUCUUAUGCUGGAUGGGGUCAACGACAGUUUGGAAGACGCACGUAGGCUUGUCGCCCUAACAGAGGGCAUCGCAUGCAAGAUCAACCUGAUAGUCUUCAACCCGCACCCGGGAACCGCACUGCAACCAUCUCCACUCCCCCGCGUGCUGGCCUUCCAACACGAGCUCGUGCAAGGCGGGCGAAAGGCGUAUCUGCGGCACAGCCGGGGGGACGAUGAGAUGGCGGCCUGUGGGCAGCUGGGACAGGUGCCUCGGCUUACUGAUAGUGCCAGGGCAGAAGCAGCAGCUGUAAUCCGAGGGGACGAUGAGAUGGCCGCGUGUGAGCAGCUGGGGCAGGUGCCUCAGCUAACCCGGCAGAACCAGGCAGAGGUGGCUGCUGUAGCGUAG